AUCACCACCACCACCGACAACGAGUGGCUUUGAUUCUUCCCCUCCCUCCCCUCCUGGAGCACCACCACCUUUCUGAAUCUGUAUCUGGGGCCUUCUGAGGGCGUAGUAGAAUGUACUCAGCUUCUUGAUCAUGAAAUCGUGAGGUUCAUCCAAGGAUCCGUUUUGUCGAAGGAUACUCUACAGCCAUCAUUAAGUACUGCACAACCUACUACAUGAUUAACAGCUAAAAGAUAGGAGAUACCUUCAUCUGACAGCAAAACUGUGUUGUUUUGGUGGAGUCAUUAUUUGGUGGUUACAGUGAUGCAUGAGGUUCCUUAGAAUGCUCCUAUGUUGAGCUUUCCGCUUGAUUCUACCUGUCUGGCAGGAACAUCUGAGGAGCUCGGGCGCGACUAACAUCGUGCGAAAACUUCUUAGAGUGUCCCCCAGCCGCAGAAAGUCCAAAGCUUAUAAUGAUUUCCCAUCGGAGAUGAUUUUUACUUUGGAUUAUGAACGAGUUCCCAGCUUGAGGACCCCAAAACAUCCUCCUCGCGGCAAUACCCCGUGGAUGUACUCGAUCCCACCUCCUCGUAUUAUGUAGGAGGACAGAUCCAUGGAACUUCGAAUUAGAAUCAAAAGGGAAUCUACCGCCUGAAAUAAGCUUAGCACCUGGUCACAAUUUCCAUCCCAUGUCCUUAGUUAGAUCUUUUCCUAUGGAAGGCUGAAGGUUUUCUAAGAGACUAGGUAGAGCAGACUGAAUUCCGAUCCAUAUCAUGUACGUAUCAUGGGAGUAGGUUAACAUACUGAUAUAGAAGUACGAGUUCAGCUCUUGUAAUUUGUAAGUGAAAUAAAUUUUGUAACAGACACGGGACGUACGCACGCUUCGUGCAACCGAGUCUUACUAGUCUGAUGAUCUCCAUAUUUUAAUUCAUUUUAGAUGGCUAUAGUAUGUGCAGUGCUUUCAUACAAUAAAAGAGUUUCCAGCCUUCUUGCGUACAAAGCAGAAGGACAAGUGUGGCGAUUUUACCACUAUCACUACACCUGUGUAGAGGGUGCACACCUCGCUAUGAUCGUCUGAACUGCACGGUUUUUAUCCCUUCUAACAUAUUCCUGUCAGAUUAUGCUACAGGGAUAUGAAUGUUAGAAGUUUGUGAGUCAUAAGCUCAAGUUCUUCAAUUUGUAUGGCAGGUUGAAGUGAGAAGCUCGACAGAGAGGGCAAUAAUCAAAGGACGUGAAAUCCUUGCCACUCGCGAGUUGGGCUCCGCCAUCAGACAGGAGGAUUACAGUGAUCUCACACGGCUUCUUGCUGCUGAUUAUGGCAGUGUACCUUCGCCACCUAGACAACCAAACCCGGGCGCCACACCCCAUCUUGCACCAGCGGCGCCACCUCUCCAGGGAAGGGGACAAUGAAGGGGAAACAUCUCUCUGCUCUUUAACCAGUUAUGACAUGCCAAGAGAGCCAUUAUUCAAUCUCUGUACCCGGAUUAUAAUAUCUUCUACAGAAGAAUGUUCGUGUGUAUAGGAGAGUGAACUGUUCAAGUAGACAUCCUACCUAUGAUGGUCAUAGCUGCGUGUGAGAAAACAAUAGCUGUCGUGAAUGAUGUGAUGAUAUGUUCAUCCACUUUAGUACUAACAUCCUUUGCUGAACGGGGAGAUACACUAAAGGUUUGUUUUAGCCACUCGGAAGCAUGAGCUGUCAGCUCGUUACCCUUCACAGUGGACAAUGGCAGAGAGAUCCGCAGAGGUCACUACAUCGUAAAGUAGUUUCAGCUAAUGUCACAAAUUGCUCCCCAGAGGUCACGAUGUAUAGCUCUGUGUGACAGCCAGAGCUAUAUAUCUGUAUUUUUUGUAUUUUUAUAUCUGCGAUAUCAUCGUUUAGGCAUCAAUCCAUUCCCCAUUCCAGUGUGGCUACUUUUCAACUCGCCGUUUUAACGGAAUGAUUAUUAUUUUUGCUUUGACCUGAUGGCUGAAGUUCUUCAGUCGAGAUGUAUGUAUGGCAGGUCAAGGGGAAGAUUUUCACAGACAGAGCAUUAGUGCCAGAACUUGAACGGACGAAAAAAAUCGACGUGAUAAGGCAAGAGAGAGCUUCAGUCGAUGUUCCUGUGGACCAGACAGAGGUGACAGUAGGCACCAGCCGGCAGCUUCGAGUGACUCAACUGGCCACAGCGCCGCCACCACCCAGAAAGGCUCCUACCGGCCGGACACCUUGGGUUGUAAUUCCUCCCUCCCCACCAUCAGGAACUAGAAGGGGACCCAUCAGUCCAGCUCCGGCGCCUUAAAUCUCGUUCUAGUGCAUUCUAUCCAAACUUGCAGCAUGAUGUAGGGACGCGCAGUAUAUGAGCAACAGGUUCUAGUCUGAUCCAUGUUCACAGUAGAUCAGUGGCAAUCUAUUUGUCCUCAGAGAAAAUCAUUGCUGACAUUUACUUAUACAGUUCUGCUAUGCCUCCAUAGUACACUCUUGUAUCGACAUACAAAAAGAAAUCAGUGUUCAAAGGUGCUGAUUUGUUUAGCGAGUCAAGAUAUGAAUUCACCUCCUGCAGUCCCCGCAAAAGCAAAUGCCGUUUCCGGAAGCGACUGUUUAUGUUGAUGCAAUCAACAGCCAGUGCAUCUGGCCGAGUGCAUAUCCCAUCCUUUCGAAUUUCUCACGUAAUCGACAGUGGCAAACAAAAAGUUAUGACGAGCUGCAAACUUCUGAUCAAUAUCUCUGAAGAUGAGUGAAUGACAUGAGCUGUUU